AACGUUUGAUGAAAGAGGCUGCAGAACUCAAGGAUCCUACAGAUCAUUAUCAUGCACAGCCUUUGGAGGAUAAUCUUUUUGAAUGGCACUUUACUGUUAGAGGCCCUCCAGAUUCAGAUUUCGAUGGAGGGGUUUAUCACGGCCGAAUAGUAUUACCACCUGAAUAUCCCAUGAAACCACCCAGCAUUAUUUUACUAACGGCCAAUGGCAGGUUUGAAGUGGGGAAGAAAAUUUGUUUAAGCAUCUCAGGGCAUCAUCCUGAAACAUGGCAGCCUUCAUGGAGUAUAAGAACAGCUUUACUAGCCAUUAUUGGAUUUAUGCCAACCAAAGGUGAAGGAGCAAUAGGAUCUCUAGAUUAUACACCAGAGGAAAGAAGAGCUCUUGCAAAGAAGUCACAGGACUUCUGUUGUGAAAUGUGUGGCACAUCUAUGAAGACAGCCCUCUUACCACUGACAUCUGGAAGCGUGUCAAGCCAGGCCGACAAGGAAGCUAAAGAACUUGCCAGACAAAUUAGCUUCAAGGCAGAAGUCAAUUCCUCCAGGAAGUCUGAUGCUGGACCCUCAAACGUGUCAGGAUUGAACCACUCUGCCACUUCCCGCGAGCCCCAGCAGGAUGGUGCAGCUCGAGCAUUCCAGGAUCCAGCAAGUGCAACGUCUGAAACUCAGAAUAGCAGGGCAGCGGCCAGUCAAGAGCAUGCUCCACCCGUGUCCACUAACACGUCUCUGAGCCCUCGGCAGCGCCGGGCCCAGCAGCAGAGUCAGAGACGGGCUCCUUCUUCAACUGACUUUAAUCGGGUCCAGCAACCACGAGUCAACAUGAACCACACUGGAUCAACUGUUCUGAUUGUCCUCCUGACUUUUGCAUUGGCAGCCCUUAUAUUUCGUAGAAUAUGUUUGGCUAAUGAGUAUAUAUUUGAGUUAUAAAGUUGCUUGUCGUAACAGCAGUGACGCAGAUGCUUCUUUGAACAUUCUGUAUGGAGUAUGACAUGAGAACUGUUUACAAAGA